AGAGAGUAUAUAUAUUUUAUAUGUAUAUAAAUUUUUCUUCUUAUAUCAAUUAAAUGUUUCCAAAAGAUCUUACAAUCAAAUAACCUAAAUUUUAUUUGUUGUCAACAAAGUUUUUAUAUAUUACAUUACGAUGGAAACAAUUAAAAAUUAUUUAUUCUGUCAAGAUUAAAUUCAAGACUUAUAGGACUUAUGUGGGAUGAUUUAGCUGAUGUUAUAUUUAAUACUAAAGAAGCUAAAAUAAUACGAAAAAAUAUUUUAUUAUAUCAUUUGAAACAAGGGACAUCUAAUAAUGUUAUUGAAUGUAUGAAAAAUUUAUUACAAUUAAAAUUAAAUAAAAAUGAUUUAAAAAAUCAAAUAUCGAAGUUAGAAGAAGAAUAUGAGCAACAAGAUUUUACAGUUAGACAAAAAGUCCAAAAGUUACGAGACAUUUCAUCCAAACGUUCUGAGGUAAAAGCAAAAAGAGAUUUACUUAAGAUGAAAUAUGAUCAAACUAAAACACAACUUAGUGAUUGUAAUGAUAUGAGAGCAGUUUGUCAUUAUUUAAUGCCAAGUACUUGUAAAGAUCUAGAUCAUAAAAUACUAAUGGAAAUGUCAGAUGUGGUAACAAGUCUUUGGACUGGAGCAAAUAAAAGACAUGUGUGGGAUACAAUAUCAAGUAAUCUUAAUCAUAUUGAAGUAUCUACAUUAUGGCAUUAUUUAUAUCAGAAAUUAUCAGAAGAUGUGAAUGUAUUAAUUAACUCAGAAACUAUGAAAUCAAUGGACACAGAUGAAAAAAAUAUAAAUAUUGCUAUUAUUAAAUUAUAUGGACAACACAUUUCUAUGGUUUCUAAACGAUUAUUACAUAAUACAAGAGCAAAUCAUCAUGAGCAAAAUGUUUUGGAAUAUAUUGAAAAAAUUGAAACAGCUUCAAAUAAUUCUACAGACAUAAGUGAUUGGUUAGCAUUAACAUUAGAAGUUCAUAAAUUAGAAAAUGAACAAAGAAAUUUACAAGAAGAAAUUGAAAAAAUUCAAAAUGAUAUAUAUGAAAACAACAUGUAUGCAUUUGAUCUAUCACAAUUAAGUAUAGAAAUUCAAAAUGUUGAUAGUGAAAUUGCAGAAUAUAUACAAAAUAUACGACAAUCCUUAAUUCUUUUAAAAUGUGCACCAAGAUUUCUUAUGCAAUCUAAAGAAAAAAUAAAUUUAGAGUUACAAAAAAUAAUAACAAUGCGGGCUGAUGGAUAUGAUUCUACAAUGUUAGAAAAUGAUUUAACUACCGAAUUAGAUAUGUUUUAUGAUGUUUUAGAUCUUAAUGCUUUAGAGAAAGUUAUGUUAAAAGGAGAGAUUGGAGUUUAUAGGCAUAUGAAAAGUUGCUUCAAUGAAGCCUGUGUUUCAAUUACUAAUUCUCAGUUUUCAAAUAUUAAAUCAUAUUUUCCAUUAAUUCAAAUACCGAUAUAUUCUUUAAUAGAAUGUUACAAGAAUUUAAUUUCCAUGUAUAAAAAAUUCGAAGUUUUAGAAACUGAACAAAAUUUAAAUUUACCCAUGUUAACAUAUAAAGAAAAUAACUAUAAUACAAUUGAACUUUUAAACUUAUCAAAGGUUAUUAAUAUGAAAACAAGAACAGAAAUUGAUAAAUUUAAUGAUAUUUUAAAUGAUUGGGUAAAUCAACCUGUUCAAAAAGUAAUGGAAAUUAUUGACAAAACUGUAGAUAAUGCUACUCUUUCAGAAUGGAUUGAACGUUACGAUGUUUUAUUAUAUAUGUUACAAAAUUCUACAUAGCGUUAUGUGUAUAAAUAUAUUCUAUUUUUUUAUAAUUUUUUUUAAAAAAUUGUAUUGCAUAAAACUACAAUAUAUAAUAAUUUAUACACGAUAUUAUCUUUUUUAUUACGUAAUCAUUGUAUUAUAUUGCAACAAUAUUAUUUUAUUAUUAACUAAUAUGUAAUUAUAUCUAAUUAGUAAAUUGAAUUUCAUAUAUUAUAUAAAUAUAUAUAUUAUAUGAUA